GGCAUUGUUAAAAAAAUGCUGGCUGCAAGCAAGGAAAAAGGAUGCGAGCGAAUUGGAGAGUGGACAAAAGCUGCCAGAAACCACAUUUACUGGUGCUCAACCUCUACUGUAAAAGGCUUUGGAAGUAUGAUCCAGGCAAAGUGGAAGUCCUUUAUGCGGCAUGUGGCCAACAAACAUGAUGACCAUCCUGAUCAGCUAUUUCCCAAGUGUGCGCAUGAAGAGCUUGAAGAUGAAAGGAAAUGGAUUAAAAUUGGAACUAGAGCUCAUGACAAACUACAAGCCAUUAUCAUGAAGAAAACAAUCCUAAAAGAUGUGAAGAAGCUUUCGCCUGAUGCCCAAACAAGUUCAUUGGAGGGUUUCCACUCUACUCUCAACCAAUGGCACCCUAAAAUGAUUUGUUUUUCAUGGCUUGGGACAUAUUGCAGACAUAUUCUUGCUAUCCUCCAUUUCAAUGAAAAUAUAAAACGAAAACAAAAAACAACAAAAGAUGGCAAGAACUAUGUCAGUGUGACAUAUCCAAAAUUUAAAUUUGGAGAUGAAGUUGUACGAAAUAUUCCAGUACCACCAACUUACAAUUAUGUAGAAGACAUGAAACAUUUACUAUUUGCAACAUCUGAAGAAGACCUAGACAAGAUGAUAGAGAAAUAUGAAGAACGGGUACCAAAACCAUUGAAUAGUCAGUUUCUAUGCAAAGUGCCUCGGGAUGAAGCCAUAACUAAGAAUGCUGCUCGAAAACGAAAGAUAGCUGAACUUUAUCCAUCAGGUGAAUUACAAAAUCAAGAAAUGGUAAAGGAAAAAAGAAGUAGACAGCAAUUGCAACAAAGAAGACCAAGAUGCUGCAAAAAAUGCAAACUGCCAAUGAAAGGUCAUCCCCGUUCUCACUGCCCAACACAGCAAGUAGCACCACAGUAG